CAUCGGUGUGCGACGGUGGGAGCGGGCGAAGAGGUCUCCAAGGCGAAGCUCGGGUUUGUGCUGUGUAUGUGAGAGGAUCAGCCCCUGGGCCACGGUGAGUGUCUCCAGCCAGGGACCGCGGACAUGAUCCGGAGCCGGAACCGAGCUUGCGGCGUGGAGGAUAUUAAAGCCAAGAGGCGGCUGCAUGAGUCGGCUCUGAGGAAAGCACGCAAGGAAAAGCAGCUGAUCAGCAAAAGAUUGCCGAGGGGUCUGCAGGAUGAUGGCGAGAACAUGGAGAUCAGAGAGACUUCGGUUACUCAGGAGGAGGUUUUGCAGCUGUACCAGAGGAUUCAGCAUGGAUCAGAUGAUCGUCUUGCUGCUUUACGCUGUCUACGUCGAGUGCUCCAACUGAAGGAGGCACAGCAGAUUUUUGUCAGGUUCGAAAACAGUAUCCAUGUCCUUAACGGCCUCUUCACCAGCAACCUGACAUCAGUUCAACUUGAGGCUGCACAGUGUUUGCUCGAACUCUCCCACUCUGAUGAUCCCAGCGUCUCGCUUGUCUGUUUACCAGCAACACCCUACCUCCUGACGUAUCUUUCAGGCCAGAGCGCCAAGUUCACGGAGCUGUGCCUGUACAUACUAGGCAACCUGGCAGCUGAGAAUGAAGCAGUUCGGAGUCAGCUUCUGGUGCAAGGAGUGAUCCAAGCUUUGUCAGUCUGUCUGCAGUCACCUCAUGGAGCUGUGGUGGAGGCUACGGCUUAUUCGCUGUCUCAAAUGCUGCAGGCGAAGGAAGCAGGAGAGAAGAUUAUCCCUGCGGUUCUGGAAGCCAAUCUGACUGCACGCUUGAUUCAUUUGUUGGAUCUGGAUUCUGAAUUUGGGAUGCAGAUCGCUGUGGAAUGUGCCUGGUGCCUGCAUUACAUCGUGAGUAGUGGUGUAAGCUGUGAAUGCAUGAUCUCCCAGGGCCUCAUAAGCCAAGCUGUAAAACUGCUGAUUGCACUGGGCAGAACUGUUGACUCAGGCACUACAGAUGGUGUGGAAUUGCUGAUUUACCCUGUGGCUCGGUGCUUGGGAAAUCUAAUCGCCAGUGAUGAAGGAGUGCGGUGCAAAGUCCAGUUCCAUGACGAUGACUUGCUGCGGGCCCUGAGUGUGUUCCUGCGUGGGUUUCUGCAGUCACGGCCUUUUGUGACCCGCGAGUGCCUCUGGCUUCUCAACAACCUCACAGCUGGUGAAAGACAAUUCUGCUCCAUUAUCUUCUGUCAUAACCUGGUGCCAGUGUUCCUUCAGCUAAUCCCUUUCUCUGGUGGGAUAAACACACUAGUUUUGAUGCUGUUGGGUAAUAUUGCAGAGCUGGGGCUUGAGUACUGUGAGAAUCUGCAACAGCAAACAGGCUUAUUUCCUGCUCUCUGCACCACCCUCAGCACGGCUGACCCAGAGGUAGCGCGUCUGACACUAGAGGUGCUGAAUCUGAUAUUUUUACAUUGUCGGCAGGCCUGUGCAAGAUUUGCAAACCAAAAUGGAAUCUUGGCUCUUGAGAUGGCUCAGUACCACUGUAACCAGGAGAUCAGAGUCCGAGCCAACUUUCUCAUCGACAGCUACUUCGCAGACAAGGCUGUUUAAUAUCGUCCAAAGCAUCUUUGUCCUCUGACUCCUCCCAUGUCCUGAAGACUUUCAGUAUCUGCUUGUGCCUGGGUCACUGGGCCUUUAGCUUGGCCAAGCAUUGUUGCUCAAAUCUACUUUGACGGAUGUUGGGUUGUUGGAGACUGUGCCAGGCCUGCCCUGAACCUUUAGCAGAUGUCUGUAUUUUUGAAUUUUUGUAUAUUUUUGUCAGAGAAUGGAAUGCAUUAAUUUCAGGAACCCACUGUUAAACUCCAAGCACACCCACACCUGGUACAGCACUAUAUGAUGCGAAGAAACUUCCCCUCUGACCUCUAACCAUAUGUUGCAAGUUCAGAAAUGGUCCUGAGUGCAACACUGAGACAUUGCCACCAUUUCCUACAUGAAUUAUCCUACAAGCGCUGAGUGAGGCUGCUACAGUUGGAGAGUACUAUUUAUGGCUGUCAUAGUUUAACAAUAAUAUCAACAACAAAAUCUGUGUUUAUAUAGCUCUAAAUAAUUGCUAACACUGCGUAGGUCUCACAGCGGUGAAGGCCAUUCAAUCCCUCAAGCCAGUUCUGCCAUUCAUUGAGAUCAUCCUCUCUCAGAGAGGAAAACAGUUACGUUUUGAGUCCAAUAUGACUUCAUAACUGUCAAUCUUAGUAAAAAAACACGAUCUUUGCAGGCAAAAGGAAUUAGUUCAUACAUUGCACCAAUUUCACUGAGGAAAGGGUCAUAGAGACUGCAAAUCCCUGUUUAACUUGCCAUGGCAACACCAUAUCUAAUCAGAGCUGACCUGCCUGUUUUGCAGCUAAGAUUGACAGUUAACGAAUCCUGCUCCAUGUCAACAAUGGGCCAACCAACCAGCACCACCUUCUCCUGCUGUAUAAAUUGGAGCUCCCUUUCCAAGUUUGGUUUCCUGCUUCCUAGUCCUGAUGAGCAUGAGAGGAAAGAUUUGAUUUCUUGUCUAUUUUAGCAAUGUUUAUAUAGUUGUUACUGCAGAGACAGAAAAGGAACUGACCGUACAGUUUUCGUACCUCACUCUCAAAUUGAAGAGAUAAAAUACUUUUAAAAACAAAAAGUGACAAAGACCAUUUGUGAUUUUAGGACAUCACUGUAAAAUAUUAAGUGUUUAGGAACCUACCAUGGUUUGUAAUUUUAAUAAAGUAAGUGUUUGUUUGCAAGUGUUUUUA